CUUAGCAAUCGCCCCAUCCCUGCAGAUGUCGUGCAUUCUUUCGUGCUGCUUGAGUCAUCUGAAAGAUUUAAUUUUGUAUUUCGAACGUUUUCAAAAUUUCAAACCUCAUACCACUCCAACGAUGGCAUCCAGGCAAGAUAAAACGAAGCGGGAAACGAACGCACCACCACCGGAUUCGUCAGCGGCACGCAGCAGUAGUGCUGGAGUUUGCAAACCGGGAAAACAAACCCGCAACCCGUACCUGAACUUUCUGCGCGACUUUCGGCGCAAAAAUUGUCACCUUCCGGUGGUGGAGGUAGUGCGCCAGGGUGCCGCCCAGUGGCGCCACAUGACGGACGAGCAGAAGCUACCGUACGUGAAGAUUGCGUUCUACACGCCGCUGAAACGUCGCCGCUGUCCCGUGUGCCCCACGAUGCCUGGCAGGAGGAUGGGACAGGUGGCUAUGAAGCAGCGGCGACGACGACGGUCAAACGCACACAGGAUGCCCAAGAGUGGCAGAAAUCAAGUUAAGAAGGAAAAGCCCAGCAGUGGUUGAGAAUAGAGUUAGAAAAGUGGAAAGCCCAAAUAUCUCGUGAUCCGCAACCGCAACAAUUUAAUUCGUAUAUUUUCUACCCGAACAAACCCAUAUUCCCCUCCAUCAGACCCUUUUUCCACGGGGCCUAUCAACAUGGAAGUCACGCGUCUACGGAGGGGGGGUUACAGUUACAGUAAACGUUGAAGUCGUCACACUGGAUGUAAAAAAAUAAACUUCCGAAUGGUCGCAA